GUGAGAGCCAUUUUAUCAUUGUUCCCCGUGUCUCAUUGAUGACUUCUCUACCCUACAUGCCAUAUUUGGGAAACACCUCCCAAAUGGGUUUAUCAGUAGUAUGAUAAGCUUGAGAAUUUUACUGAUAAAUAAUGCAAUUUUUCAUUGCAAUGUUUGGUAUUUGUAGUUAUCAUCUCGCUAUUUAUUCUACCGAGCAACACAAGAAGCUUCCAACAAAUACUUUUUCAAAUAACAUCAAAAUUUCAAUGGAAAUGGAAGUUUGCUUAUCUUAACUUAAAAUAAUGUAAAAUACAUUUCCGUGCGUUGAAAAUCAUUUUAAGCAUGUUUUAGCACGUUUAAAUUUUUUUGAAUGCAAUCGACUUUCGAUAUUGCAUAAUUUUUACUUUCCAUAUAAGGAUGUUUGAUAACUGUAAUACACAUAAAGCUCAAAACGUGUCUUAUCAUGUUAUCAAUUUUAAAUUUCUCACCUGCCAUAUUUGGAAACUAAUCAGCUGUGAGCUGAUAACGGCUACACGUUUCUUACUGCUCUGUAGCGUAGCCCAAAAUUAUUUCUUCUCAAACCACCGAACUGAAAACAACCGGCACGAUGCAGAUAGAUCUUGCGUACGCCGUACCGAUAGUCGCGAUUCUGGGCUUCCUGUACUACUGGAUCACCCGGAACGAUGACUACUUCCACGAGAAGCCGAUUCCCUCGAUGGCCGUUAAGCCAAUUGUGGGAAGCACCUGGCCGAUGUUGUUCAAGAAAAUCGCCUUCUCCGAGUUUGUCCAGAACAGCUACGACAAGUACGCGAAUGCCAAAGUGUUCGGGAUGAUGGAUAUGACAAGACCGAUUUUCGUGAUCCGUGAUCCGGAGUUGAUCAAGCAGGUUGGUGUGAAGGACUUUGAUCAUUUCAUGGAUCAUCAGCCUGUGUUUGGAAAUCCCGAGUACGAUCAUCCCAAUUUGUUGGUCGGUAAAUCUUUGUUCACGCUGGCCGGACAACGCUGGAAGACUAUGCGAGCGACGUUGAGUCCGGCUUUUACGGGGAGCAAAAUGCGCCAAAUGUUCGAACUGAUCGUCGAGUGCAGUGAAAGGAUGGCGACAUACUACCGGGAAGAGGCUAAAUCGAAGGGACCACAGGAGUACGAAAUGAAGGAUGUGUUUUCGAGGUUCGCCAACGAUGUUGUGGCGACGUGUGCUUUCGGUUUGGCGGUAGAUUCUGUAAAAGAUAAGGAUAACGAAUUUUACGUUAACGGUAAAAAAAUGAUGAACUUUGGUAGAUUCAGUGUGAUAUUGAGGAUGAUCGGAUAUCAACUGUUUCCGGCUCUGAUGGGUCGCCUGGGCAUUGAUAUGAUCGACGAAGAGCAGAACAGCUAUUUUUCGUCGUUGAUCUUGUCUGCCGUGAAGGAUCGCAACGAAAAGGGCAUCGUUCGACCGGAUAUGAUUAAUCUACUGAUCCAAGCGCGAAAGGGAACGCUAAAACAUCAACAGGAAAAGGAACAAAAUGAAGGAUUCGCCACAGUAGACGAAUCCGAUGUCGGUAAAGUGCAGGUGUCCACCGAUAUGACCGAUACGGAAAUGGUUGCGCAGUGUCUGAUAUUUUUCUUGGCUGGUUUUGAUACCGUGUCAACGUGUCUUCUAUUCCUAACCUAUGAACUUGCCAUCAAUCCAGAGGUACAGAACAAACUGUACAAAGAGGUGCAGGACACCCAAGAAUCGCUUGGAGGAAAGUCAUUGACAUACGAUGCACUUCAGAAGAUGAAAUACCUAGACAUGGUAGUUUCUGAGACUCUUCGCAGAUGGCCGCCAGCUCCGGCUAUCGAUCGUUUAUGCGUAAAAGACUACCAACUGGACGACGGGAACGGACUUUCGUUCAAAAUUGACAAAGACACGGCACUGUGGUUCCCUGUUCAUGCGCUUCACAAUGACCCUCAAUAUUUCCCAAAUCCGGCGAAAUUCGAUCCGGAACGGUUCAGCGACGACCGGAAGGGCAGUAUCAAACCAGGAACGUAUCUCCCGUUCGGCAUUGGUCCGAGAAACUGUAUUGGAUCGCGAUUUGCACUGUCCGAAGUGAAGACGAUUAUUUACUACAUGAUGCAAAGCUUCUCGUUUGAACGCACCAGCAAAACUGAAGUGCCAUUAGUACUCAUUAAAAGUAUGACUGAUGUAAUACCGGAAAAGGGCGUUCAUUUGGAGUUUAGACCAAGAAAAUGACGAUUUUUAUUUCUACAGUUUAAGAUUUAAUGUUUGAAUGAAUAAUCAGUUAAUAUAAAACAUUAAAUAG